AUGCUGAGUAAUGGUUGUGUUGCUCAUUAUACAACACAAGGUGAAAGGAGCUUUUUCAAUCGGAAACGAGAACUUUUUAAAUUUAAAAAUGCAUUUAGUUCCGAUCCACGACUUCAUGUUGUUCUAGGUCCUCCUAGUAGUGGGAAAACCGAAUUGGUCCGCGAGGUAACGAGUAAAGGCGAUUUCAACCCUCUUUUUAUCGACUGCCGUCAAGGACAAUUUGACACACCAAAGACAAUUUAUGAUUCAAUUUCUUCGCAAUUCCAACCAUUUUUCAAGAGACAUAUGAAGUUCUUGACAGAAAUGUUUCAACAAGGGGAAAUCAGUGCUGUGAUAGAUGAUUUACAGUUAAAAGUUAAGCCAUUUGGUCGGGAUCUGUUUAAUGAAGAAAAAAUUACUUCUAAUGAUGUCAGAAAGUUGAUUAAUAAUAUUGCACGUGCCCUUCCAAAAUGGAACUUCUGGAAUGGCUAUAACAUACCUCCACCCAUUUUAAUCAUUGAUGAAGCAAACAUGUUUAACCAACUUACACGUUCAAAAGAAGGAGAAAUUAUUCUCAAAUCAAUUCUGAAUUGGUUGGUUAUGAAUACAAAACAAAACAAACGUUUCCACGUAGUACUUACCUCUUCUGAUUCAUUCUUUCUUAACUGGAUUGUAGAUCUUUUGCAUGUCCCACAUGUGACCCCAUAUAUUGUUGGAGAUUUGAGUAGGGAAGAAGCUGAAGAGUAUUUUGAAAUGGAUGUUCUUCCUCGACAUGAAUGUGAAGAACUCAGAGGUAGAUUUGACCAGGUCUGCAGAAUAACAGGUACACGCAUGCUCAUUAUUGAUAUGUAUGUCGAGGAAUACAAAAAUUACGGAGGAAAGCUUGAAGAUAGUGAUUUUUCGAUUUUUAGACUAGAAGAUGAUAAGUUGGAGUGUGGUCUUUAUCCUGAAAGCUUGAAAGUUCCAGAUAAGCUUUCUCCACCAGCCUGGAAUUAUCGUCAUUUAAUCAAAACUAUGGAAGCAAUAGUGAAAGCAGAGGAUCAAGGAUUCAUUUUAGAAAGAGAUUUGAUUAAAGCAAUUGGUGCUAAACAAGUCUAUUCACUUGUAGAUUAUAAUUAUCUACAUC